AUUGGACAGACGACUAGCUGGAGGAAAAUGGGAGACGACUUGGGUGACGAGUGGUGGGCACAGGAGGGCAACUCAGAUGCGUCUGAGGAGGAGACACGACAAGAGAAACCGCCAACAGAAAAAACAAACAAAACGAAAAAACCAGAGAAGAGGAAGAGUGUAACGGAGGAAACGGUGAAGGCCAAGAAGAAGAAAAAGACUCAACAGAAAGAGUGUAUUAUUCCUAAAAAGAAAGACACCGAGGAUGAAAAGUCAACAAAACCCAAAAGAAAGAGGAAGAAGAAGACAAUUACGGAUGUCUUGUCGUCUUCGGAGCCCAAACCAGGCUCUCCGGCAGACCUGCAGACCCUGGUCACGCAGUAUUUCGCAGACAAGCUCUCUGUGAUCGAGCAGGAGGAGCUCAAAUUGCUCGACUCCAGCUUCCUGUCCAGCAAUGACUUGACGCACACCCUCUCCUCGUAUCUGAAACAGGUUUGCCCCAAGUGGUCGAAGAUUCAAAAGCAGCACAAGGAGAAGAGUUCUGUGGUUCUGCUAAUCGUCUGUAGCUCCGCCCUCCGAGCCAUUGAGCUCAUCAAGCAGAUGACCGCCUUCAAGGGUGAAGCCAAAGCACUAAAACUUUUCGCAAAACACAUCAAGAUGGAGGAGCAGGUGAAGCUGCUGCAAAAGGGCGUCACCCACAUAGGAGUAGGGACGCCCGGCAGGAUCAGCGCUCUGAUUGAGAAAGAGGGUUUGAGCUUGCAGGCGCUGAAGUACGUGGUUCUGGACUGGAACUGGAGGGACCAGAAGCUAAGAAGGAUGAUGGACGUUCCCGAGGUCAAACUGGACUUCAUGAAGCUGCUGCAGGGUGGUAUCCUGAACGGUUGCAAAGAAAACAAAGUCAAGUUUGGACUAUUUUAGCAGCACAUUGUUGAUGUGCUGAUGAUCCAAAGGACGCCUUGAUGUUUAAAGCUACAGAUCGAUGUUCCUCGCUGAGGGGCCUCAUCCUGUUUGUUCUCCCUUUUGUGUCGGCGUGAAACCUGCGCUGUGCUUUUACUGUUUUUGGAGCCCGUGUCAAAUGCGAGGUGGUGUUUGUUUCGCUGCUGUUGUCCAACGCGACGUCCCACUGUGAUGGAUUGAAUAAACAGACUCUGAACGAAA